CGGGGUGCGGAUGCGCGUUGGCGGGGGUGAACCUGGCACGGCGCAGCCGCGGGCUUGGAGCUUCUCACAGCUGCGGCGACCCUCACCCCUUAACCUGCAAACGCCUAGCGAGAGGCUCCUUCCGCGCGCACGGGACCGGGCCGGGCGCACCUACUUUGAGCAGGCAGCUGUUGAGAGGGGCGGGCACGGAGGUGCGGUGGAUCACCAGGUCCUGGCCCGGGUUGUGCACGUCGCAGAUGAGCUCCAGCACGGCGAUGCUGCGGGCCGUGGACACCGACACGCGGUGGUCCUCCGACCAGGCCAGCGGCUCCAGGCCGCUCACCGCGUACUGCAGCUUCACGGCCGGCUCCCGCCGAGUCACCAUGAGGCGGAACGCGGCGCUGGGCCCGGGGGCCGCGUCCGUCGCUGGCUCCUUCCCGCCCCCCUCGCCCUCCUCGUCCUCGGGCGGCGCCGGCCCGUCGGCCGCGGGCCCCAGCCGGGCCUUGUCGGCCGCGUUCAUGUCCCCUCCGCGCAGACGUCGGGUCCCGGCGCGCGCGCAGCCCGCGUCGCCGCCCCGCGGCCGCCCCCGCCGCGCGGCCGCCGCCCCCAGCGCCCUCCGCGACGGCCUCCUCCGCUCAGGCCGCGAGCGCCGCCGAGCCAGGAAGGACCCCGCGUUGCCAGGCGACCAGCCCUGCCGGGCGGCCACGACACUGCCUGUCUGAAAACCGCGCGAGCGUGCGGGCGCCUCGAGCUCCCCGCUGCCGGCGGCCGGCCGGGCCCUCGGGGACCUCGCCGCGGGCGGGCCACGCGGCUGCGCUGGGGACGCGGGCACGGAGCGCGGCGGCUCGGCGAGCGCCCCGCCGCUGCCCCGCCGCGCUCGGCCUCCGCGCGGCCGCGUGCUCGGGGCCCGGACCCGGAAGGGGCGGCGGCGGCCGCAGCGCCCACGUGUCGCGCGCGCGCCCGCCAUGGAGGCCGCCGGGUGGGCGCGGAUGGUGAGUGCCGGCGGGCGGACGCAAGCAAAGGCUACCAAGAGAAAGCACCAAGCACCCAGUGAGGCUCCCCCAGCAAAACGGAAGAAAGAGACGUCCUUUCUGCCAGCCAAGAAAUCUAGUGCCGAAAAAACACAGAGGGCUUUUAGAGGGAAUGCACAAAACACAUUUUCUCCAAAGAAGAAUUGGGUUAACACAGGAGAUGGAAAGCAAGAGAAGCCAUGCAUCAAGACUUCGUCAUUGUUUAAAAAUAACCCUGACAUCCCGGAACUCCACAGACCUGUGGUACAGCAGGUUCGAGAACAAGUAUUUGCUCCAGAGACCUUCCAGGAGCUGGGCCUGCACCCACAUCUCAUUUCCACAAUAAAUACAGUCUUAAAAAUGUCCACUAUGACCAGUGUGCAGAAGCGAAGUAUUCCUGUGUUGCUGGAAGGCAGAGAUGCCCUGGUGCGCUCCCAGACGGGCUCAGGUAAAACUCUGGCCUAUUUUAUCCCUGUGGUCCAGUCCCUUCAAGCAAUGAAGUCAAAAAUACAGCUAGCGCUGUGUCCUCACCUCCUCUGUUAUACCAAAGUCCUGUCUAAAGACUGCCAAGCAUGGAGUGGAACAGUGUCCUUCCGAGUCUACCUUCGCAGUGACGGCCCCUAUGCUCUGAUUCUGGUGCCAACGAGAGAGCUGGCCCUGCAGAGCUUUGACACUGUCCAGAAGCUGCUUAAGCCAUUCACCUGGAUUGUACCUGGAGUGUUGAUGGGCGGAGAGAAGAGAAAAUCAGAAAAGGCCAGGCUCCGCAAAGGAAUAAAUAUCCUUAUCUCAACCCCUGGGCGUCUGGUGGAUCACAUAAAAUCCACAAAGAACAUUCAUUUUAGACGAAUGCAGUGGCUGAUUCUGGAUGAAGCAGAUAGAAUCCUGGACUUGGGUUUUGAAAAGGAUGUCACAGUGAUACUCAAUGCUGUGAAUGCCCAGUGCCAGAAGCGACAGAAUGUCCUGCUGUCCGCCACGCUCUCAGAAGGUGUAACACGGCUAGCUGAUAUCAGUUUGCACAGUCCAGUCAGUAUUUCUGUUCUGGACAAAAGCCAUGACCAGUCUGACCCAAGGGGCCAAGUGGCCCAGGAAGUCACUCCACAAGCUGCUGACAAGCUGGGCAGCUUUGCAAUACCAGAGAGUCUUGACCAGCAUGUGGUACUGGUUCCCAGCAAACUACGGCUCGUCUGCCUCGCAGCCUUCCUCCUCCAGAAGGGCAAGCUGGAGCAGGACCAGAAGGUGAUCGUCUUCUUCUCGAGCUGCGAGCUGGUGGAGUUUCACUACCACCUCUUCCAGCAGACCCUGCGGAACCACCUGCAGACCUGGGCCUCCGGGCAGUCGGCCUCCGCCUCCCCGCAGCUGGCCUUCCUGCGGCUGCACGGUGACAUGGUGCAGGAGGAGAGAACAGCAGUGUUCCAGGAAUUCUCGCGUUCCGGAACGGGCAUCCUCCUCUGCACGGAUGUCGCAGCUCGUGGCUUAGAUCUCCCACAAGUCACGUGGAUUGUUCAGUACAGCGCUCCAUCUUCACCUGCAGAAUACAUCCACCGGAUUGGAAGAACCGCCCGGAUUGGCUGCCGAGGGAGCAGCCUGCUCAUCUUGGCUCCUUCGGAGGCAGAAUAUGUCAACUCGUUGGCUGCUCACAAAAUCAAUAUUUCUGAGGUUAAGAUGGAAGAUAUUUUGUCCAUUCUGACAAGGGACGAUUGUUUUAAAGGAAGACGAAGAAACCAGAAAUCCCAUGCUGUCGGCCCCCAGGAAAUCCGAGCACGAGCCACAGUCCUGCAGACAGUGUUUGAAGAUUACGUGCACUCCAGCCAGAGGACAGUCUCCUGGGCAAAGAAAGCCCUGCAGUCCUUCAUCCGCGCCUACGCUGCCUACCCCAGGGAGCUGAAGCACAUCUUCCACGUCCGAUCCCUCCACCUCGGGCAUGUGGCCAAGAGCUUUGGGCUCAGAGAUGCGCCCAGGAAUCUCAGUGUCGCCACUGUGAAGAGGAGGAAGGCAAACCUGAAAAGGCCCGACCUUCGGAAGAAGACCCAGAGCGCACACCACCUCUCCCAGGUCCUGCGCUCUGAAUAUGCAAGCGGUCUGGAGGCUGCGGGAGGAGGCAGGAAGGCAAAGCGGACAGGAGGCCAGCCCCAGAGGGAAAAGAGAACCUCUCCUUUGAGCCAGAAAACCCCAGAAGACAAUUGAGAGUCAGCAGAGCUUCCGGAAAGUUUUUUGUUUUUAAUCUCCCUCUAUAGGACUAGGCCUGCGAGUGGCUCUAGAGGCCUGUUCUCAUCAGAGGAGGCUUCUGAAAAACAGCUGCACCUCUUUCCUGGAUACCCAGACCCCAGGACUCAGGCGCCACAGCCAGCCCUGACCCCCAUGGGUAGAGGAGCCCUGGAUGAGUGGGGGGGGGGGGGAGCAGCCAGCAGUGCCAGCUAGCCAGGUGACUGCAGAGGCGAGGGCUCGUGUGUGCCUCCUCAGUGCCGGACACCCACCACCUUGCCUCGGACUUGAUGGUCUUGCACAUUCAUCCGUCUGCCCCGCGGCCCUGUUCCAGAGAAGCUCCACAGCUCGACCUCUGCCCUGCCCACACAGGGUGUUGGCAUGAAUGGCGUGAAACAGGAUGUUAAAAACGACUUGCAUUUGUACAAAAAAGGAUCCGUCAAGUAAUUAUUUUCUUAAAGUACAGAUGCUUUUUUGCAAAGAACUGAAAGAAGUCUGGGUCAAAAUACAAAUGUGCUUGCAGUGGCGGGGCCCUCUGCUUCUCUGUCACCACAGGCUCGCCUGGUGUGCAGACUUCCCCUCGUGAACUCGCUCGGGGCUGGCUGACUCUGUUGCCUUUUUAUUACUCGCCUUUGAAGUCAAAAGGCACCGGUGCCUGGGCUUUUCUUCCCAUCAAAUCCCAUCUUGCCUUCAAGAAAGGUCUGGGGUCUUUGUGUUGUGACCCAGACCCCAGCUGUCCCCCCCUCCCCGGCUAUUGUGUUUUCUGGGAGGUUUGAAAGAGGACCCCUGGAGCGUAUUGCUUUCCCAAUAAAUGUAAGAUUCGGACAUUA